CAUCUUUUUCAUAUACAUCUUGAUCUCUCUUUUCCUUCAGUUCUUCACUAUAUCUAUGAAGGGAACGAGCUGCAAUGAUCUACCAGAGAAUUUUGGGCUUUGGGUUUUUCUAUGUAUCCUGGUGUUCGUUCCACUACUAGUAGUCCUACUGGUUUUAUAUGUGAAUCCAGAAAACCCUUCAUUUAAAGUAGAGAAAUUUUACGUUCCAGCUUUUGAUAAAACAUCGAAUGCUGAUCCAAGCGACACCAUAUUCUUUAACAUCAAGCUCCAAAACCGAAACAAAGCAAUCGGGCUUUUUCAUGAUGAUCCCCUCAACCUUACCAUCUCAUACACCCCAAUAAAAACCGACCACAAAUUCACAUGGCAAUAUUCUGUGCCCAAGUUUUACCAGGGUAAUCACCAUUCUAGACGUCUUAUAGACGUGGUCCAGAUGCCUGCGGUGGAUGGGUUCACAUGGAACCAGACUGUGGUGGCUGAUCAAGUGGGGAUCCAGCCGAUCAUGAAUAUGGGGUUCGAACCAGUGGUGUUUUUCAAGGUUGAUAUUGAGAGUAAAGUGAGGUUCAAGUUAAUAGGGAGGAGCCGUGGAAAAGAGGCGGUGAUGAGUGUUCAAGUACCCGUGCACUCAAACACUGGUGCCAUGUUUGAUGAGGAGGGCAUGGAGGAGGAUGAAGAAGAAAGUGGAGGAGGAUUAGGGUUUGAAUGGAGUGGCCCUCAAUCAGAAGAAGAAGAGAAAAAGAAGAAGAAGAAGAAAGGGUCGCUUUAGUGGUUAAUAUCUACGGUUAUACCGAUAAAUAUAUGCUAUUUGUACAAUCCUGGUAUGAUUCACCAAAAAUAGGUUCAAGCGUCUUCACUUUUACCGUUCAAUCCUAUUUCAUAUGAAAUUUACAGACGUGUUUGUUUGAUUUGAUUUGAUUUGGUUUACCAUUAAUGACCGAGUAUUUUAAAUCAAG